AUGCCGAAGAACAGCAAGGUGACCCAGCGCGAGCACAGCAGUGAGCAUGUCACAGAGUCGGUGGCCGACCUGCUGGCCCUCGAGGAGCCGGUGGACUACAAGCAGAGCGUCCUGAACGUGGCAGGUGAGGCAGGCGGCAAGCAGAAGGCAGCAGCGGAGGAGGAGCUGGACGCAGAGGACCGGCCGGCCUGGAACAGCAAGCUGCAGUACAUCCUGGCCCAGAUUGGGUUCUCCGUGGGCCUGGGCAACAUCUGGAGGUUCCCCUACCUGUGUCAGAAAAACGGAGGCGGUGCCUACCUGGUCCCCUACCUUGUGCUGCUGGUCAUCAUCGGGAUCCCGCUCUUCUUCUUGGAGCUGGCUGUGGGCCAGAGGAUCCGGCGCGGCAGCAUUGGUGUGUGGCACUACGUGUGCCCCCGCCUGGGGGGCAUCGGCUUCUCCAGCUGCAUAGUCUGCCUCUUUGUUGGGCUGUAUUAUAAUGUGAUCAUCGGCUGGAGCAUUUUCUACUUCUUCAAGUCCUUCCAGUACCCACUGCCCUGGAGUGAAUGUCCUGUCACCAGGAACGGGACUGUGGCAGUGGUAGAGGCAGAGUGUGAAAAGAGCUCAGCCACCACCUACUUCUGGUACCGAGAGGCCUUGGACAUCUCCAACUCCAUCUCAGAGAGCGGCGGCCUCAACUGGAAGAUGACCUUGUGCCUCCUGGUGGCCUGGAGCAUAGUGGGCAUGGCUGUCGUCAAGGGCAUCCAGUCCUCUGGGAAGGUGAUGUAUUUCAGCUCCCUCUUCCCCUACGUGGUGCUGGCCUGCUUCCUGGUCCGGGGGCUGCUGCUGCGAGGGGCCGUCGAUGGCAUCCUACACAUGUUCACCCCCAAGCUGGACAAGAUGCUGGACCCCCAGGUGUGGCGGGAGGCAGCCACCCAGGUCUUCUUCGCCCUGGGGCUGGGCUUCGGGGGCGUCAUCGCCUUCUCCAGCUACAACAAGCAAGAUAACAACUGUCACUUCGAUGCCGCGCUGGUGUCCUUCAUUAACUUCUUCACCUCAGUGCUGGCCACCCUCGUGGUGUUUGCCGUGCUGGGCUUCAAGGCCAACAUCAUGAACGAGAAGUGUGUGGUCGAGAAUGCCGAGAAAAUCCUGGGGUACCUCCACACCAACGUCCUGAGCCGGGACCUCAUCCCUCCCCAUGUCAACUUCUCACACCUGACAGCCAAGGACUACACAGAGAUGUACAAAGUCAUCAUGGCUGUGAAGGAGGACCACUUCUCAGCCCUGGGCCUCGACCCCUGCCUCCUGGAGGAUGAGCUGGACAAGUCCGUGCAGGGCACAGGGCUGGCCUUCAUCGCCUUCACCGAGGCCAUGACGCACUUCCCGGCCUCCCCAUUCUGGUCUGUCAUGUUCUUCCUGAUGCUCAUCAACCUGGGUCUGGGCAGCAUGAUUGGGACCAUGGCCGGCAUCACCACGCCCAUCAUCGACACCUUCAAGGUGCCCAAGGAGAUGUUCACAGUGGGCUGCUGUGUCUUUGCAUUCUUCGUGGGGCUGUUGUUCGUCCAGCGCUCCGGAAACUACUUUGUCACCAUGUUUGACGACUACUCUGCCACCCUGCCACUCACUGUCAUCGUCAUCCUUGAGAACAUUGCCGUGGCCUGGAUCUAUGGGACCAAGAGGUUCAUGCAGGAGCUGACAGAAAUGCUGGGCUUCCGGCCCUAUCGCUUCUAUUUCUACAUGUGGAAGUUCGUGUCUCCACUGUGCAUGGCCGUGCUCACCACGGCAAGCAUCAUCCAACUGGGGGUCACACCCCCCGGGUACAGCGCCUGGAUCAAGGAGGAGGCUGCAGAGCGCUACCUGUACUUCCCGAACUGGGCCAUGGCCCUCCUGAUCACCCUCAUCGCCGUGGCCACCUUGCCCAUCCCUGUGGUGUUCAUCCUGCGACAUUUCCACCUGCUCUCUGAUGGCUCCAACACGCUCUCCGUGUCCUACAAGAAGGGCCGCAUGAUGAAGGACAUCUCCAACCUGGAGGAGAAUGACGAGACCCGCUUCAUCCUCAGCAAGGUGCCCAGCGAGGCGCCCUCCCCCAUGCCCACUCACCGCUCUUACCUGGGGCCCGGCAGCACGUCGCCCCUGGAGCCCGGCGGCAACCCCAAUGGACGCUAUGGGAGCAGCUACCUCCUGGCCAGCACCCCUGAGUCGGAGCUGUGACCACCGCCCCACCCUGCCCACCUCUCCCCCCACAUCCAUCCUGCCCUCUCGUCCCAGCCUGGCCUCACUUUCUAGGCCAGACCUUCUGCCCAAGGAGAGGGGGUAUGCUCUCCCUCACCCCCCACCCAGUCCCAGCCAACUUCACCCUCAACAUGAGUAGGGGCCGGGAGAAACUCUGUCCCCAGCGCAGGCUCCCAACCCAUCUAACUUCCUGAGAUCCGCUCACCAAAUUGCAGCUAAUGAACGAGAACAAUCCAGAAGUCUUGAUUCCCAGCACAGGGGAGACUGCAAGUGGCCACUGGAGGGGCCACUCCCCCUACCCCUCUCUCUCUGUAACUUGGCACCCGUCAUUCUUAGGUCCUGGGCAUGCCUCUGUGCUUCCGGGUGGUGGCGGGAGGCACCGGGUUGGGUAGGAUGGGGUGCAGGGCAGCCCAGAGGAUGAUGGAUUUAAGGUUGGGGACGGGACGAUUGUGUCGAGACUCAGGCCUCAGACUUGGGAUGGAAUCUUGUAGAAGUCCCUCGGUUCUGUUUUGUGGGGCAGAUGGCACUCUCUGGCUUGAGUGUAAGCCUCGGCAGCGGAAGGGGGGCUGGGUGUGGGGGCCCCUCAGCCUGGGCUCUGUGCGGAAUCUUCCAUGUUCUCCACCUGGCCUGGGGCCCGGAGCCCUUCCCCACCUCCCCCAGGGCUUAGCCCACCUUCUCCGUCCCCACAGUGGUGGCCUGUGCCUCUUUCUUCUAGAGAGGAGGGGACAGCACACCGAGAGGUUUCCAGAGCACACUUGAUGGUUCACAGCACAAUUCAGAUGGUUUGGAGCACAACUGCGAAGCACACUCCCUCUCACCCGGGGCCCAACUUUCUCACUAGCGGCAGCUUCUCCCCCUGGAAUGGGGGUCCCUGGAGUUUAGGGGCUCGUACCCAGGAAACCUCAUCCCUUGGGGAAAGACGGAUAAUUUCACUGCCCCUUUGGGCCGCCACUCACUCUCCUUGUUCAAGCACAGCCCGUGCUGUGUGCCCAUGUGCAAAUAUCAUGGGAACCUUCCCCAAGCUUCCCAGCCCGUGACGGAGAGGCCACGGGCAGUGCUAUGGACACCGGGGCGGCCCAGGGGAAGGGCCGGGUCUCUGUCCUGGGGCCCAGCCCCCCACCCAUCAUCCCCAUCCACCCUUACCUGAGGCCUCUCCCGGAAGAGGGCUGCCCUCGGAGUGCAGGCUGGGAGGCUUGGAGCCGGGCUGGAGAAUAAUGUCUGCGGAGCGCUGGACAGACUGGCGGAAGGACGGUGGCACGGAUGCAUGGGUGUGGAUGCUUGGAAGGCAGGCAGGGAGGCUGGGAUGGCCGAGCUCCGUCUUUGAGAGCUGAGCGGCGGGCCACAGUGCUAGGCCUGGGCCCCUUCCUGGAAGGUCCUGGGAAGGACACGAGUCACUCUCGUGUCCUCAGCACUGAGAGGGACAGACUACACGCAGGGUUCCCACACUUCAUCCUCAGUGUGAGGGGGGAAGGAGACCCACUUGUCCCCGAAGACAUGAGUUUUGGGGGCACAACAUCCCACCUCAGGCACCUCACCUAACACCUCCUCCCUGGCCCUGUGCCUGAUCCCAGCAGACUUAGCAACAGGAAAAGCAAGGCCCCAGGAGAGACACUCUACUAUAUAUACUCUUCUAUAUAUUCUAUUUCUAUUGUAUAUUUAAUCUGUACAUGUGGGUGUAAAUGCUGUUAAAUGACAAACCCAAUAUUAUACUGUGGCUGGUGGACUAUUUUCAUCCUCAGUGCUGUA